CAGUGAACGCACCUUCACCUUGUUGGACGCGAAUUUAUGACGUCACAGACGGUCGCUUCAGCGCUGGAAACCGGUCCUCCCUUAUUAUUAUUAUUAUUUAAACAAUUCUAUCAAAGAAACAACUGCAAUGUCUGUGAAUUACGCUGCCGGACUUUCGCCGUAUGCCGACAAGGGUGUGUGCGGACUUCCAGAGGCGUUCGAUAGUCCAGAAGAGCUGAAAGCGAAGGUGGCAACCCUUGCUAACCUGGUGAAAGAGUCCAAGUACAUGGUCGUGCACUCUGGAGCAGGAAUCAGUACUUCAGCAGGCAUCCCUGACUUCAGAGGUCCAAAAGGUGUGUGGACCUUGGAGGAAAAGGGAGAGGCGCCUCAUUUCGAGACCACGUUUGAAGAGGCCAGACCCAGCCUGACUCACAUGGCCCUGCUGGGACUCCAGAGAGCGGGAUACCUCAAAUAUCUCAUCAGCCAAAAUGUGGACGGCCUGCAUGUGCGAUCUGGCUUCCCAAGGGACUUGUUGUCAGAGCUUCAUGGAAACAUGUUUGUGGAGGAGUGUGAGAAGUGUUGCAGGCAGUUUGUAAGGGAAAAGGUGAUUGGCGUGAUGGGGCUCAAACCCACAGGACGGUACUGCGAUGUGGUGCGCUCCAGAGGACUCAGAGCCUGCAGAGGGAAAUUGAUCAGCACUAUACUGGACUGGGAAGAUGCUCUCCCUGACAGAGAUCUGAACAAAGCAGACAAUGCAAGCAGACAAGCUGACCUGGCACUGACGCUGGGCACCUCCAUGCAGAUCAAGCCUAGCGGAGACCUUCCACUCGUCACCAAACGCAAAGGUGGAAAAGUGGUCAUUGUCAACCUGCAGCCUACCAAGCACGACAAGCACGCACAUUUACGUAUCAACGGCUAUGUUGAUGAUGUCAUGAAACAGCUCAUGGAGCACCUGGGGUUGGAGUUACCAAAAUGGGAGGGGCCAACUGUGUGUGAAAGCUCCACUGCCGUACUUGAAGACGCCGCCGAUAUCAAGCCCCCACGUUCUCUCAGUCCAGAUGUGAAGGUCAAAGGUGAGCUUUUUAAAGAGAAGAAACGAGCUGCAGAAAGCAACAGCAUCAAAGAAGAGAUGGUUUUGCUAAAGAAGGAGAGGAAAGAUCCUCCAGUGGGGAUAAAAAAUGACAAGUAGCCUCACACACAAGUAGGUGUUGUCCUUAUCAAAAAUAUUUCCGGGCUUGAGAAACUUCUCACCAGUUUGAUCACAAAGGAUGGAGGUACCAGCUUCUCUUUACGCCCACCUGAGUUUACUGUCUUGAGCUCAACGCUUCCUUUUCUCAACAUUACUUAGGUGAAGAUUCCUCAGCUUGAAGCCUCAUAAAAUGACACUUAUGGGAAGCAAAUGCUGGUUGAUGGAUAUAAAAAGUCUAUACAACUUUUGGUCGAAUGCCAAGAUAAAUUUAAAAACAUGUAUUCAAAGAUUGUGACAUGUAACUUGUUCACCUCAACUGUUGGAUGUGUUCAGAGAAAAAAAGAGUGAUAGACAGAUACACCCUGGUAUAUUGCAGAUGCAGAUGUGUUCAGAAUCACAUUCUAAACCCAUGUUAAAUGGGAGUUUGCACACACAUUGAAGGAGCAUCUUCUUCUUAUGAGCGAUGUACUUUGUGCUAAAACUCAGUGCUAUUUGGAAUUGUUCAUAAUUCCCUCCACAUUGACUACAAGGCCUCAGUUCCUACUGAAGAUAAACAGCCCAAAAGAAUAAUAAUGCUGCCACCAUGGCUCAUUGUAGGUUUCAUAUAUUUUUCAACUGAGUUGUACAGGUUAUUGUUCAUAAUAACAUUGAAAAGCAUUUUAAACUCAUUUAACUUGCUUUCAUUUUUUUCCUAUUGUCGAAACCGAAACCUAGCAUUUGUGCAGGGGUGUGUAGACCUUUUGUAUGCGCUGCAUAAAAGGAGAAUUGCUCUUUGCAUAUGCUCAUGUUUGUAAGCUGCAGUGAGGUAUCAGCAACUUGUUAAAUAUAUAUGUUUUAACAUUGAGCUCUACUUUUUACUCCUCUGGGAAAAGGAGCAUCUCCUUCUGAUGAACCAUAUGCUCUUCAGCUACAGCCUUAAGGUCAAUAUUACAUUGUAAUGUAAGAUGAAGAAAUGUUUUGUUGUUGUUGUUGUAAAUAGAUCACUGUUACACAGCGUAUUUUUAUCUCAGGAAACCUUUUUAUACUGUGUCUUGGCAAUAAAUCAAAGCACAACAUCUGCAGUGGUUAUUCCCUAUGUAGUGCGUGGUCAGUUAGUCAUGGUCUACUUUCCACUGAGUGGCAACAUUAUAAAGAUAAUCAUUCAGGUGGCAUAAUGAUAAGAUUUUUAUUCAUGUACAUGGAAACCUCAUUAACAUGUCUUAAAUCAGCGUGUCAGUUCUUAUAUGAGCCCAUGAUGCACUGAUGUCAUUUGACAGUCACAAUAACCUGCCAUCGUUGUUUUCGAAAAUGUCAUUUCACAUGACAUGAAGAGCAUUAAUUUUUCUGUAAGGUCACUGAGUGUGGCUUUUCAACAUGGCAUUUUUCAAGUCAAUCGUAAAAACGUCGACAAGAUGAAACAGCUGGAGCUCAAGCACAGACACCUGUCUGCUGUGCUUUGAAAACAACUCUUUACAGAGUCGUCAUUAACAUGCAAUGUGGCGAGUUGACCAAGUGAGAACAUUCAAUGAAACAGAUUUUGCGUUAUCUAUAUAAUAUACACUGCUGUACAAAAGUUUGGGGUCACUUAGAAAUCAUCAAUUUUGAAUGCCUUGAGAUGUCCGAGUGACCCAAUUUACACGUUUUCAAGAUUUGAGUCAUCAUUUUGAUGGUUUUUGUUUGCUUUUGUUUUCUGUUUUGUUUUUUGGUCAAACUAAAAAAACAAUUACACAUGUUUAAAAUAUUCCCUUUACCUUCUGCGAGCUUAACGCCAGCCCACAAUGCAAAAUAACAUUGGACGGGUAACCAAUAGCAUCAUUGUGAUCUUACCUGUUUAACAACAGAUAUUUGUACACAAAGAUUACAUCAUGACAUGAAGACAGGCAGAACAAUACUCACAGCUAUAUUUUAUUUAUCCUCUGGGAGGGAAAAAAAUAGCUGUUUACAGAGUCACACUAAUUCUUAGUUUUUGUUUUGUCUUCGUGACUAAGUUUGAGUUCCCCUGGUGGUAAAGUUCCAUACCUCAGAAGACGUAAAAAUGAAUUUG